AUGCUGAAAAUGGAAAAGAUAAAACAUUAUGAUAAAUUAAAAUUUUAUAAUUAUGUUCCAGUAAACAAAGAGCUAAAGGCAUGUUGUAUAGCAUGUCCUGAUACUGAAAAGUAUGAACUUGAAUUAAAUGAACAAUUGGAAGAAGAAUUAAAAAAUGUAUUUCAAGGUAACAUAUUAGAUCAAAUUAAUGCAAAAAAUAUAAAUGCUGAUUUGAAAAGAGAUUUACAAAAAAAAAUAAAUAUUCUAUCUAAAAGAACAGAUAAAGCAAUUAUCGAAUUAAUUAAAAGGAAAAUAAAUGACAAUAAAAAUAAUCAAAAUAUUUAUAAUGAAAAUGAAGAUGAUGAGAAUGCAUGUAUAACUUUAGAUCUUAGCAAAAAUAAUGAUGCCAAACUUGGCCACAUUUUACAUGAAACUCUUAAUAAGUUGGAUAACAUGGAUGAAUCAGAUUAA